UGUAUUGUAUCGACAAUGGGCAUCUCCUUGUGUUUGAGGCAACUGUUCUGGAUGGUGAACAUCAAGAGAAUGAGAGCUUCUGAUUUACGCUGGCUCUUAACCAUAUUUCUUCUUCCCUGUUUGAUGAAUCAAGUAAAUAGCCAGAAACGGGGGAGUCCUCGUGAUUUGAAGUGUCUAACUAGCAAUUUACAAGUGUGGGACUGUUCUUGGAAAACAUCCUUUGGAGAAGGCCGUAGUAUCCGUUAUGAAGUGUGCAUCGAUAACAGUCCCCAUUGUUUCCAAGUUAAGGAAGCAAAUGUUAGACUCCCAGCUCUGUCAUCUGGUGAUCAUGAAAUAAAAAUCAAAUCUCUACUUGGUUUGGGAAAUGCUAUAAGUAAAUUCAAACUAAGUGAAAAUAACAUUUCUUUGAUUCCAGAAACUCCAGAAAUCUUGAGUGUAUCUACUGACUUGGAAACUUCGACAUUAUACCUCAAGUGGACUAACAAGGAUUCUUUUUUCCCAUCCCACUCAAAUGUAAUCUGGGAGAUUAAAGUUCUGCGUAAAGAGAGUAAGGAACUUGUAAACUUGGUAACCCUCAACACAACUCUGAGUGGUGGGACAGAGACAGUUCAUCACUGGAACUGGACCUCAGACAUGCCCUUCCAGUGUGUCUCUCAUUAUGUGGGAAUUCGGUGGUACAUUGACGUUCCUCAUUUCUCUGGUCACAAAAAGUGGAGUGCCUGGAGCCCUUUGAAGAACAUUCCCGGAUCUCCUGUUUCUCUCACUCCUAAGGUCUUUCCGCUGGAUAAAGUAAUACUUGCUGGAUCAGAUAUCACAAUUUGUUGUGUUACCCGGGAUAAAGUGAUAUUAGCCCUGUAUGGCUCAAUAAAAUGUCCUCUUAUCCAUCUUGAUGGGGAAAAUGUUGCCGUCGAGAUUCAUAAUUUUUCUGCUUCAAAUAGUGGUGGAACCAACGUGGUUUUUGAGACAGACUAUGACAUGUACGGGACAGUUAUUUUUGCAGGAUAUCCACCUGAUAUUCCCCAAAAACUUGUUUGUGAAACACAUGAUUUAAGAGACAUUAUAUGUACUUGGAAUCCAGGAAAACCAACGUCAUUGGCGGGCCCACGUGAUACUAAUUACACUUUAUUGGAAAGCUUUUCAGGACAAUAUGCUAUUUAUAAAAGAAAUGAUUAUUCCAUAAAUGAAACCUAUCAGAUAUUCUUUCGAGCGCCUCCUGGUCAAGAAAUAUUUAAUUUUACUCUGGAUGCUAAAAAUGAUCUUGGUCAAUCAGAAUCAACAAUUUUAAUUAAUAUAACUGAAAAAGUUUGUCCCCGUACACCUACUUCACUCAAAGUGGAGGAUAUUCAUUCAACAGUUGCUGUAAUUUCCUGGGAUUUAGCGGGCAAUUUUGCAAAGAUUAAUUUUUUUUGUCAAUAUGAAAUCAAUGAAAAAAAUUCAGCAAAAGAAUUGAGGAAUGUCACAAUCAAGGGAGUAGAUAACUCAUAUUAUUUCAUUGUUGUGGACAAGUUAAAUCCAUAUACCAGUUAUACUUUUCGGAUUCGUUGUUUUACUGAGCCUUUCUGGAAAUGGAGCAGUUGGAGCAAUGAAGUACACUUUUCAACCACAGAAGCCAUUCCUUUAAAGGGACCAGAUACGUGGAGAGAGAGGAGUGCUGAUGGGAAAAAUUUAAUGCUCUAUUGGAAGCCUUUGCCCAGAAAUGAAUCUAAUGGAAAAAUACUUUUCUACAACAUCUCCUGUUCAUCUGCUGAGGGGACACUGUUCUUCUCUAAGAUCUCCCCCCUACAGUACAGGGAAGAAAUACCACUUGAUAAGCAGGAGUGCAACAUCAGUGUGGUGGCAAAAAAUGGCGCCGGUGCAUCACCACCUUCUCUGAUAAGCAGCCUGGAAAUUCCAAAUGAUGAUAUCAAAAUAGAGAAUGCCGUUGGGAGGGGAAAGAGCUUUCUCUUGAGUUGGGAUUACAAUCCCAACAUGACGUGCGACUAUGUCAUUAAGUGGUGUAAAUCCUCUGAGCCUGAGCCCUGCCUUAUGGAUUGGAAAAAGGUCCUUUCAAGCAAAACAGAAGUAGUCCUAGAAUCUGAUCAGUUUCAACCGGGUGUAAGAUAUAAGUUUUACUUGUAUGGAUGCAGAACUCAAGGAUAUCAAUUGCUGCGUGUUAUAGUCGGAUAUUUAGAAGAACUAGCUCCGAUUGUUGCACCAAAUUUUAUUGUUGAGGAUACAUCAGCAGAUUCAAUACUAGUAAGAUGGGAGGAUGUUCCUGUGGAAGAACUUAGAGGAUUUUUAAGAGGAUAUUUAUUUUACUUUGAAAAAGGAGAAAAAGACACAUCAAAGUUGGGGGGUUUGGAUUUGGCUCAUUCUGGCAUAAAGGUUAAGAAUAUUACUGAUGUAUCCCAGAAGACACUGAGAAUUGCUGAUUUGCAGGGUAAAACAAGUUACCAUCUGGUCCUACGAGCCUACACUGAUGGUGGAUUGGGUCCAGAGAGGAGCAUGUUUGUGGUGACAAAGGAAAAUUCUGUGGGAUUAAUCAUUGCCAUUCUCAUCCCUGUGGCUGUGGCUGUCAUUGUGGGCUUGGUCACCAGUAUCCUUUGCUAUCGGAAACGAGAAUGGAUUAAAGAAACCUUCUACCCAGAUAUUCCAAAUCCAGAAAAUUGCAAAGCACUUCAAUUUCAAAAGAGUGUCUGUGAGGGUAACAGUGGCCUUAAAACUUUGGAAAUGAAUCCUUGCACCCCCAAUAAUGUUGAAGUUCUGGAAGCUCCAUCGACAGUCCCUAAAAUUGAAGAUACAGAAAUCAUCUCACCAGUGGCUGAGCGCCCAGAAGAGAACUCUGAGGCCGAACCUGAAAACCAUGUGGUCGUCUCCUACUGCCCACCGGUCAUUGAGGAAGAAGUACCAACACCUGGCAUGGAGGAAGCUGGCGGCACCUCACAGGUCAUUUACAUCGACGUCCAAUCCAUGUACCAGCCACAGACCAAACCUGAGGAUGAGCAGGACAGUGAGGCAGCCGGGGCAGCAGGCUAUAAGCCCCAGAUGCACCUCCCCGUGACUUCCCUCCUAGGAGAACCCACUGCAGGCGAUGACUUAGACAAAACUGCAGGAUACCGGCCUCAGGCGGAUGUAAAUACCUGGAACUUGGUGUCUCCAGACUCUCCGAGGUCCAUAGACAGCAACAGUGAGGUGGUCUCCUUCGGGAGUCCGUGCUCCAUUAACUCCCGGCAGUUUUUGCUUCCUCAGAGAGAUGAGGACUCUCCAAAAUCUAGCGGGGGAGGGUGGUCCUUUACAAACUUUUUUCAGAACAAACCCAACGAUUAACCAUGUCACCUGUCCCUUCAGUCUGCCAUCUCAAUAAGCUCCCGUUGCUAGUGUCUGCCGCAUCAGCACUGGGCCUCUUGGAGGGAUUCUGUGAAGUAUUUGUCCACGAGGUGGUGGCCAUCACCGUGUGCAAGUUACACUCACAGUAUUAAUGUGCUUUUAUUGUAGUCUCAGAGCCAAGGCAUAGUAACUCCGAAAUUCAACGACUCAGCUCAAGAUUUGCAGCUAUUUGUGAUUUGAGCCAAAGAAUUCUCACUGCGCUACCUUCCGGAAACAUUUCAAGGCUAAAACUGUCAAGUCCCAUGUGUGCAAAACCAAUUCCACAGCAGCCGAAUCCUGUUCUGUUGAUGGUUUACUCAUCUGCAUACUUCGUGGAACUGCAAGAGGGGUUACAAGCAAGCAGGAGCAAAUGUCCCAAGUAGCAGGCAGCCUUUCUCUGCCUGACAUUUGUUCCAUUCUGGAUGAAAACCAAGCACAGAUUUUGUAUCUUUUCACAAAUGAUUCGCCUCUGUCCACAGCAUUUACAAAAACAAACCUGAAGUUUAAUGUAGCAUCCUUCCUUUCGUUCUGUUUGAUAAAGUAUGCUGAUUUCUGUACCUACUGUAUAAUGGGUAAUCAAACAGUUGUCUCAGGGGUACGAGCUUGGAAAGCAAGCGUAACACUGACCAGCCCAAAUUAGAACCGUGUUUUUCAUGCUUGGCUAGGUUAUUCUGAACCUUCCCAUAUUCUCUUAUUAAGAGUUUCUGCUAGCUUCCUUUAUGCAGUCAAUUGCCUUAAUCUAAAAAACUUAGAUUUCUAAGACUAUAUCAAGAAAUAUUAAAUUUUUUAAUUGAGGGUUUUUUUUGGUCA